GAUUCAGAGAAUGCUUUAACCUCCCUGGCGGUAUUCCUGAGUGUAGCUUGGGGUAAAGUUUCAAUACCACAAGCGGUAACCCCCAACUACACUCGGGCUUUCCAUGCGGCGCUUCUCCGCGAUCCCUCGAUCACUUACCUUGUCCUGCGGUCCCGCCAUGUCCCCCCUGCAGUGUCCCCGGCAAUGUCCUCCAGCGGAUGCCGGCAUCUGUCAUCUGGGUUCUGUCCUCUGCGACGUCAGGACGUACGGGGGACGGAACGGCGGGAAAUUUGAAAAUGACAAAAAGUGACAUUCACUAAAAUCACUAAAAUCACAUAGUAAAACAUUCCUGUAUCAAACCAUUUCACAUACAU